AAUAGCAGCAGGUCAUACUGAAUCACUUCUUUUGCCGCUAAAACCAAAAUCGCCCAGCUUCUACCUCGUUGAGCUACUUGUAUGUGUGAAUAAAACCAGCAGAUGAUAAGUUGAGUGUUGCUCUGAUCAGCAGCUGAAAAUGGGAAUCUCUGGACUACUACAGUUCAUCAAAGAUGCAGCAGAGCCCAUCAGUGUGAAAAAAUACAGAGGCCAGACAGUGGCUGUGGACACAUACUGCUGGCUGCACAAAGGAGCAUUUUCUUGUGCUGAGAAGCUUGCUAAAGGAGAACCAACUGAUCAGUAUGUGUGGUACUGCAUGAAAUUUGUGGACAUGCUGUUGAACUUUGGUGUCAAACCAGUACUGGUGUUUGAUGGACGCAAUCUGCCCUCCAAACAUGAGGUGGAAAAGGCUCGCAGAGAGCGCAGAGAAUCCAACCUUCAAAAAGGCAGACAGCUGCUACGUGAGGGCAAAUUGUCUGAGGCCAGAGACUGUUUUACCCGCUGUGUUAACAUCACACCAGCCAUGGCUCAUAAUCUUAUUAAGGCUGCGAGGGUCAGAGGGGUAGACUGUAUGGUAGCUCCAUAUGAAGCUGAUGCUCAGUUAGCUUACCUCACAAAAUCUGGUUUGGCCCAGGCUGUCAUCACAGAGGACUCUGACCUGCUGGCAUUCGGCUGCAAAAAGGUGAUCCUCAAAAUGGACAAGCAGGGAAACGGUCUGGAGAUAGACCAGAGUAACCUGGGCCGCUGUCGCAGCCUGGGGAACGUUUUCACAGAGGAGAAGUUUCGGUACAUGUGCAUCCUCUCUGGCUGCGACUACUUGCCUUCCCUGCAUGGUAUUGGCCUGGGCAAGGCCUGUAAGCUGCUUCGGCUAGCCAAAGACCCUGAUAUCCUCAAGGUGAUCAGAAAAAUGGGCCAGUACCUGAAGACAAGUCUAGUCGUCCCCGAACAGUACAUCGAGGGAUUCAUCAGAGCCAAUAACACCUUCCUCUACCAGCUGGUCUUUGAUCCUGUCAGGAGGAAGGUUGUACCCCUCAACCCAUACCCAGAGCACAUUGACCCAACCACCCUCAGCUAUGCUGGACUUAAUGUAGGAGAUGACAAAGGCUUGCAGAUGGCCCUAGGAAACCUUGACAUCAACACAAUGGAGAGGAUAGAUGACUUCAGCCCAGACAAGCCCAUUUCACAGCAGUCUAAACCCCGCAGUCACAGGUGGAAUGACUCACCAGCCCCCACUGGACCUAGUAUCUGGAGUGGAGGAUUCAAGCCAGCCUCUGCUGCCCCACCCAAGCAUGUGGCUUCUCCAGACAGGCCUCCCUCCACCAGGGGGAAGGAGAGAGUUAUCAGCCUAGAAGGUCUGAGGAAACCCUGCAGAGAGCUGCAGGUGAAGAGACCGAGAGAGGACUCCAGUAUAUCAGACCAGGACAUGCUGCAGCAGUAUUCCUCCUCCGGUCAGAAACGAUCCAGGUCAGACCAGCAGCCUGAAAAGCCCACCUUAACCUGUCAGUCCCGGCCACGCAACCGCUUCGCUACCCUGCUGCAGAGGAGGAACCAGGAGGCUGAGGAGGAUGGCCAGGCCACAUGCAGCAGGUGAUACCACAUGGAUUCAACAACAUCUAAUGAUUCCUCAGCUGGAUCUCCUUCCUCCUCCAGCACCCAGAACAGUGACAGUGAUGCUCCCACUUUUCCAUCUGUGGAUACCCCCAGCCCACCUCCAUCACCUAACACCACACCUCCCAGUUCAGCCAGUCAAGGCCUCAGGGUGUUCAGCUGGUCAGGUAGCUCCUCUUCCAUGGAACAAUCAAAAACGCUGAAGUCCACCUCAGGCCUGGCCGCUCUGCAGCAAUUUCAGUACAAGAAAGAGACUUUUUCCUCUUCUCCAAAGACCCACAUACCCUCUGGAGAUGCAUCUUCCUCAUGUCCAUCCUCCACUGAUGGAAACACAGAUGACAAGUACAACCUCCCAGACUCACUUACAUCCCAGGACAGUGAUUACUUCUCCCAGCCCUCCCAGCCCUCCCAGUCUUACCUUACUUCCUUCUAUAAAGAGGAAGUCCCCACUUACCAGGAGGAUGCAGUGUCUGAAAUGAAUUCACACAAAGAUUCAGAGCCAGAACAGAGUCCCACACACUCGACAGAAGUAUACAAGAAACCCAGCACUCUGAGAUCAAAGGUUCCAGGUCUGUCAAAGCCAAAGUCAAGCAGCCAGGGUCAAGCAGCAAAGGUGCAAACACUGGGCCUAGCGAGGGCCAGUGGACUGAGGAAGAAGAGUGCGGGUUCUGGGAAAAAAGUCUCCCCCAAUAAUGAGAACAACGCUGGUACACAGGCCACCAUCAGCAGCCUCUGGAAGAACUUCAGCUUCAAAAAACAUACCCAGAAGAUGUCUCCCUUUAAGGAAGGAAAGCCAAAGCCCAUGUCUCCAGUCAGAGACAACCUGUUGGCCAGCUCACCUCAGACAGACAACUCAAUCACCAGCCUCUGAUAGAUGCUUUGAAGGUUUUACACAGUGCUGAGUGCUCUGUGUGGAAGUGAAGCUUUUAAACAUACUACGUAUGUCAGUGAUUUCUCAUCAACUUGUAUUUCUUUGUGUAUAGUUUAAAUAAAGCAACUAUCUUCUGA